UUCUUAAACAUGAAACAUCGUCGUAAACCUCGAACACCAUUUUUCAGAUGUAAUUCUUCGAGAUUAUCAAGAGUUUAUACACGAAAACAUUUUCGUAUUGGCGAUAUUGUCCGCAUCACAGAUUCUACAGAUGGAGAGGAUUAUUUCGCCCAGAUAAUUCAAUUGAUAGUAGACGAAUAUUCUCAAGGAUUUGCUUUUGUUAUUUGGCUGGUUCCAAAGUUGGGAUAUAAUUUUAAGUCUUCGGAUCAGUUUGAUAUGUCAAAUUAUACUUCUUUUAUGGAAGAGGAAAAGCCAGUCCCUCUUAGUGCUUGUGAAUUCGAGUGUCAUUCUUUAUUACCAAAUUGGUCACCUGAAGACGAGGUUCGUGCGCAGUUUCGAAACGAAUUAAAGGAAAGAAUAGAGGCAAACAAAAGAGAAGGGAUUUUCUAA